AAGAGCUCACUUCCCUGCUCAUCGACAAUAUGGGCAGCAAGGAGCCACAGGACAGAAAUGGGACCUUUUCCCAGCACAUCAGCAGGCUGCUGGCUCUCCUCUUUCAACCAGACCCAGCGCACCUCUCCGACAGCGAGUUCAGUGCUCAUGUGGAAGCGGUCAUUUUCUACUGCAUGCUUCUAGCAGACUCGUCCAGGCCAGAUCUGAAGCUGGACCUGGUAAAACAUUGCUGGGUUCUGCUACGGCUGAGGAAAAGCAUCUGCAGCCACGUAAGCCAGCAGGAGGGACGGCCAGAGCAAAGCUGGGGAGAAAGCAGGCUGGAGAAGGAAUGUCACACCAUGAGAGAGGAGGUGGAGAGUCUCAACCAGGCAGUGCUCACAGCUACUCUGUGCCAAAUCCUCGACACCUUCUUUGAGGGUAAGGAGCCCCUCAGGCAGUUAGUUGGAGAUGCUCUUAGCUUUGCUGGUACAGGGUGUUUUCCUGCAGGACAAGAAGGAUUUUUAGAGAAGCUUCAGCCCCUCACUGCCACCUUCUUCAAGCAUGCCCAGCAGAUGCUCAAAGUGGCAGACUUUGUUCUGGCAAGGUGCACCAAAAGCCAAACUGCCAGAGAAAUCAGAGAGUGGGUAGAGUACCUGGAGAGACUCCUCGCCAGUCUCCCUCCACUGCUCACAGAAAUGAGUGGAAACACAGCCCAGGUGAGUGCUGCUCAGCAACUGCAGUCCUUGUACCACGCUUGGGCUGGAGCAACAGAAAGCCUCUUGUGGUGUUUUGAGGAGACGGUCAGCAUGCAUGAUUUCCUUCAGCUGUCCGUCCAGGAAAUGGCCAAGCACAGGGACCAGUCUCAAACGGCUCUGGGAAGUCAGGAUCCUGAGCAGUUCUCUUGGCAUGCAACUCGCCUCACCAGCUGGGCUCGCUGGGUGGUUGAAGCUACCACCAGGUACGUGGACAGAGCCACAGACCCCAUUUUCAGGAACGGCUUGCUGGUUUGGGUUGAGCAACUGGCCAACUCCAUCCUUGAGCUGAAAGCGGUCACAGCCCUUUGUCCAGAGAGACUCUCCUGCCUCCAAACGAGGGAUGCCUUUUCAAAGGCAGCCAGCUGCCUGAUGGAUACUGCUCACCACGUCCAAGAUGGGCUGGAUGGGUCCAACCACCCAGAUAUCCUCAGCCCUCUCCGGGAACAAGUGCGAAGCCCUGAUGUUGCAAAGGGGCUUGAACUCAGCCCAUUGCGGGCUGGGCUAAAAGCCACUACGGAUGAGGCUGCAUUGCCAGAAGACAUCUUAAGUUGUCCGUCUUCACGACCAGGUAACUCACACCCAUACACUGUUCCAAGGAAAGGAGACACACACCCUGUCAUUACAGCUCUCCUAGCAGCAACAAGAGCCCAUGACAUGGCAGGUGUGAAUGCUGCUUGCUCCGCCUUGCUUGAACUCUGCAACAGCUGUAUCAACGUGGCAAAGGAAGCGCUGCCCGUUGCCAAGUCUCCCCAGGUGGAGACGCUGGGGCAGUACCACAUGAUUGUAUUACUGACACCGUGUGUUAUUUCCCUGGCCAGGGAAACAGCCCUAAGGCAGCUUCAUCAUUCAAGCAGACUUCUCCAAAUGGCACUCACGCUCUCAGAAAGGAUCUGUGAGACCAAAGAGUGUCUGGCAGCUGUGGCAGGCUCUUGGUAUAGUCUGUCUCAGCAAAUACUUGGCUUCAUCUCGUCUGCAGACUUUCUGAGAGGCAAACAGGCUUUGGACGAGACCACAAUGGGUUUAGCAGGAGCAGUUCAGUUAGCAGGACACAUUGCAAGCAUAGCCUGUAGUGAGGGAAAUCCCAUUUCCCCCAGUGUCUGGGAGAGCUUUCUACAGGUCCAAGCCAAGUUUUCACAUGCUCAGACGAACACCAAAGUGUUACUUGAGAAAGCAGCGUCCUUCGAGGGCUCCUGCAGGGUGGGAAAGGCCAACCUGGAGUUGCACUGCAUCGAGUGGGCUGUCAGCAUGCAUGUCCUGCUGGGUGCUGUGGAUCGGUUCAUAGGCAGGGACGUCCUGUUUCUGAGGGAGCUGAGAAGUGCCGUGAAGAACAAGCUUUGCUCACCGAGCCUCCUGGCUGCUGUGUCUGAGAACUCCCUGAGGCUGCAGGAGGCCGCCCGGCUCUCUUACUUGUCCUGCCCUGAAGACCAUGGUCGCAGUGAAAUCCUGGUGCUCAGGGAGGAGAUAAAGGUGCUAAUGGAAGCACUGCUGGAUGCCUCCAAUACUCUCUUGGUCUCUCCGCUCUCAACUGCCAGCUUGUACAUUCGCUUUGAGCUUCUGCAGAGAGACUUGGCCCUCAGGGCCAAGGCGUUAUUGCUUCACCUGGAGAAGGUCAACACCGAACACCUGCGCGUCAUCCGAGAUGUCGUGGGACCAGCCCUGUCCUCCCUCUCCCAAGAGGAGAGAGAGAGGAGCAAACAGGCCUUUGACGAGAAGGCAAGUCGGCUAAUGGCUAAUGUAGAGUGGGUCAAAACCACCCUCCAGGACAUUCUGGAGGCCAGCGCUCAACUGCAAUCGCAGGCAAACCUGCUCUCCCUUGCAGACCACCUUCUGGUCCUCACGUCUGAUGCAGUGGGCAGCGCCAGCCAGCUCUUCCAGGGCUGCCAGGACGAAGGGCAUCUCCGCCUAGACAGUACUGUCUGGUACUGGUCAGCAAAGGCACACUACCUUGUCACACAGCUUCAGGCUGCCCGGGGCAUCAGCGGACAUGUUCUGCAGCUCAUCAGACAAUGCUUACAGAACGCAGGGGACCAGCACUUUCCAAGACAAUGCAACAGCAAAGCCAAGCUCUUCCCAGCCCAAGAGCCUGGUGCUCUGAGCCACACCACGCCAACAGAAACCUGCCCAGGCAGGAGCGGACAAGCAAGUGGAGCUGCCAGGGAGGCACAUAAAAUGCACCAGAACGGUCCUCCCAGCAUCUCCCUUGCCAGCAGCCCUGCGAAGAGCGAGAGAGAAAACAGUGACACAUGGCAGGGUGGCCCCAGCAAGAUGUCCCAGGUCACCAAGGACAUGGCAACAAGGAUGAUUCACAUGACUCAGUUCCUGAGGAAGAAGGGCCCCAUCUUGAGCAAGGACCAGCUCGUUGCCUGUGCAAGGCAAAUGGCUUCCGAUGGGCAGGUGUUUGUUAGAUUUGCCCACAUUGUUGCGAAGCACUGCCUCAACAAGAGAUGCUCUGCGGAGCUGCUGCGCGCCGCAGAGCAGACCUACACCAUCAGCAGCCAGCUUGGCAUCGUGGCCAGGGUAAAAGCAGUCACAGCAGAGAGCAAGUCGUCUUCUGAGCUGCUCGUGAGCAACACACAGAACCUAAUUCAAGCGGUUUUGCACGUCCUGAAGGCAGCAGAGGCAGCAUGUAUCAAAGUAAGUUAAUGCUGAUGCCAUCAAACAUGUUUUGCAAGGUGAGUCCACACCACAAGGAGCUCCUGCAGCCGGACCUCUGUUGACCCCAGCUGGGGGUAAACAUUCCUCCUGUGAUGUUAUUUUAUGCCUUUCUGUCUUUUUUCUGAAGCCCACUACACAUCUUUCCAGGCACUGAAUCUGCUCUGUCACUGCUACUGACUCCGAAGUCAUCUUCAGCUGGUCUGCUUCCCCUUUCAUUUUUGGAUAGGGGAGCAGCAGCAUCUUGUUGGAGGCCUUUAUUUGGCAAUAGUCCAUGUCAGUGUUGGCCUCUAUGUUGUCUCAAGGUGAGCUUUCAUCAAAACUCCCAGGAGCUUCCCUUGCAGCUGCCAAUGGUGGCUGACUGAUCCGACUGUAAAUAGUUUGUGAGAGCAGGCUUUAUCUGAAAGCACUCAGAAAACAAGUGCAAGUACAACCAGACCCUCCACUGAUGCAGUUUUCCAUCCUGUACCCUGGCCUCCCAUAUGAUCCUACAACUCUUGCUGAGCUCCAGCAUGUCUUUUUAAGAGAGGCAUGGUUUCUACUAGAAUUCCGUUGGAUAAACAAAUCGGCUACAAGGGUGAAAAAGUUCCACCUGUGGUUAAUUGCUCAUGCUGCUAAAAACUUAGUAUUUGUGUCCAUUUUUUACUUUGCUGAUGUUGGCCUGAAGUAACUGCCCAUUCUUUCACCUUGACUGUCCAGAUUACAAAGUCCUUUAUGACCUGGCUUGUUCCCUUUGGAAAUUUCCCUGCUUAUCAAUAACUUAACUAUACUGCAUUCCAUUUAUCUCUCUGUAAGCAGGUUUUUAACCACUUUUAAGCGUUUUAAGCAUUAACAAGUAGAGAAGCCAUGCCGAUCACAUACACAUUGAUGCAUUCAGACUUGUGUAUUAUUUAAAAUACUUCAAAUGAGUUCAUAUACAACAGUACGUUAAAGCAUAUAUUUUUAUUCUAAUAGGGUUUGCAACAGCCCCCGCCUGACUCUGAAGAAGAAGAAAUAGCUGCUUUUUGCAUGCAGUGGAGAAAAAAACUGUUGUGGCAUAGAGCCAAGGAGUUUUUAAAUUCAGACAGGGAUGAAUUAGGGCUCCGCAAGACUCAGGCAGGGGCUGAACCCACCCUGACAGCUAUAGUGCAAGAACUGUCACCUCAGACGAAGAACAUCCCCCAAGCAUCCAAAACCUAUUAAAGGACACACAAUUACCGACAGCCACCCGUAAAAACAGGAAAGGGCAUCUGCUGGAGGGGAACGGCAUCGCUAACUGGCCUCAGCAGAACGAAUGCGGCCCGCGCUGCACUCCUCCCUGCUCACAUCUCUUCUGCUAGAGCUGCUCUUGCAGGACUGAAAGUGCAAGGCCUGAAAAGGCUUCUGUGUGCUGGCCACUCCUCCUGUGGCACCUUCUACCCUGCAGAGACACUGCUUCCUUCUGGCGACUGAACAAAGCAAAGGAUAAAAUGAUGCCACACAUUAGUGUAUUUCCUAAGGGGCCUCUUAUCCAGAAUGUGUUUGCAGUUGAGUAAUAAGAUGCGAUACCAAGACACAGAGGACAUAGGAGCUGGCAAAGACUAAGAUCCCAUGAAAGGGAAAACAAAGGGUUUCCUGUUCAAGUAAAAUAUCAUUCAUUGAUCUUUGUUACCUGGCACAGGAGUCACUGAAACCAUUACUCUUGAAUCAACGGCUACCAAGUGGAGCUACAGUUCUUUAUAUUCAUAUACUGCAUGCCCCUGCCCAGCUGCAAGCCAGAUCUGGCUCUUACAUCAUCAGUCAGGCUUUUUUUUUUUUUUUUUUUUUUUCUUUGGCAAAUAUUGCUAGCAUUUGAAGAGGUACCUUCAUCAUCAUCAUUACUGUCAGUAACUGCUGGUUCUGCAUUCUUCAGCACCCAAGAUGUGAACAGAAGGAUGUAGGAAGGCACUUGCAGCACUCUGUCAGCUCCUGCAUAAGAAAGCCUCAGAGCCGGGAGGUCUUUCUCAGGCCCCUAUCUUUAGCACACUAUCAAACUAGUUUUGCAACCAUCACCUUUUCCUGUAGGCAUAGCAAUCCCAAAUACUGCACAGGAAGGGCAAUCAGAGAUACGUAAUCCUGCGGAAGAGCCAGGGCACUGGGUGGGGCUCAUAUGCAAAAUACGAACUCAGAGGGUAAUGUGAACAAAGGCGCUACAAAAGCUGGAGGAAAGAAGAACUGAAUGAGAAGGAAGACUAAGGGAUAGGAUCUGCCAAACAGGACUGUAAUUAAUUAUUCUCUUCUUUGCAAGAAUAAAUGAUUUAAUUUGCACUAUGAAGGAUUCAUGCUAGUCUUCUCAUCAUGGUAGAAAUAUUACAACAGGCUACCUAGUUUUAAAACAGGGUAGAAAUCUCCCCUACAUGUAUUAUCAUGGGGCAGCAAACACCAGGUAGUGAUCUAGCGAUGCUCAGUUUUUCUGCAGUGUGGAGCACAGAUGGGAUCAGAGACAAACAUUUCAGUUUCCCAUCCCCAGCCCAGCAGAAGUGGGGAAUAUUCGACCCUGCAGAGAAACAAGACCUUUCUCCCCCAAAUCCCUCUCAGCCCCAGGACUCUCUUUUACCCCAGAGCAGAACAUCCAGUGGUGAUGAUCACCCACCUCACAGCUACAUGCGUCCAGAGCAUCCAGGACCAACGACACCGGCUGCUCCCGCUACUGCUCUCCGUGUCCGUGCUUCGCAGCCUCAGAGGGCCGAGUUGCAAGCGUCCGAGGGAAGCGGCGCUCCCUGCCAGCACACUGCACUGGGGGAAGGGACAGAAAAGAGCCUCCCCUGCAAAACACAAUCAAUCCGCACAACAGAUCAGACCUGACUUUCCCAGUGGCCGCAGCCCAUUCCAGCCCACCUCCAUGUGGCAGGACUGUCCCCACCUUCCCCACGUCAGACAGUUUUUACCACUUGCGCUGUAGCAACAAACCUCCUCCAUCUUUCGAGGGCAAGCAGUAGCAGCGGGCACACUGGAGACUCUGGGAAGAAAGCUGCAACAAAUAAACCACCGGUGGAUGGAGGAGCCAAGCAGCAUCCCACAGAUCCUCAUGCCGCAGCUGGAGAGCCCCACGGGGACCUGCUGGAUCAAGGCCAAGGCUGGAUCUGGGAAGAAGGAAGGAGGCAGUUAGACAUGGAGACAACGAGCCGCAAGGACUAGUUGGCCCCUUCUGAAUUACGUUUCCUCCUUACUCCAUACCCCUUCUUCUCCAAAAUAAACUGUAUUGUAUUAAAGAUGCUGAGGUGGCAGUGGAUCUCCAAGGUUCAAAGGCAACACUCUGGACCACCCUACUGGAAUACACCCUGCAACUCCAAAACAGGCGCUUCACCAGAGCAAUGGCAAACCGCCCAAGAUCCCCUUCAGUUGUCUCAACUGUAAGGCACGUCACUUCGCUCUCGGUAUCAAAGCUUUUCCUUUGACUUUCAUUUUUCUAGUACUUUCCAAAAAAACACAGAGAAUCCAAUUCAGUGAUGGCGUCAGCACCACCCUACAAGAAGCUGUAACUUCAGGUCUGAGCUGCGCAUCCUGCAAGUACUUUCCACAUCUAAAUGUGAAACCACACGUCUGGCUUCAGUACCGUCACUUUUCCUCUUUGUUCCCCUACCAAUCCACAUGGCAUUUCCAAACUGUUUCUACUUUUCCCUGCUGUCCAAUUUGCUGGCUUCUUUUUUUGAUGAAAUUCUCAAACAGCCAAACUUGUGACCAGAUGAAGAAGAAGUAAUUAUGUAGGACUAACAGAUUACUUCAAAACAGCAACCACAUUUCACGUCUGUUACCUAGUUUUCAAUUAUUUGGAUUGAGCAUGGUUCAAAGCAUUGUAAAAUCAAUACAAUUUAUACUCUGCAAAAUUAGGAAGGCCAUUAUUGCUUUCCACGAUGUCUCCUUUGCCAUGUUUUGUGCAUAUAGAAAUCAGCAGCUUCCCUCGGUUCAUCCAAGCUGUGCUCAUCAAUGGAAGACGACACAUGUGUUCUUGCCCGUUUGUCUCACAGGCACAAGAAACCAAGACCUCAGGAUUGGUGAUAAGCACUAUACUGUCGCAGUCGCAAAGCAUUACUUGGGCCAACCAACAGAAGCAAAAAGAAGGUCACUGAGGAAGAGACUGAAUGCAAAGAAACAUUCUAAGUGGGCGGGAACCAGGUGGCAAUUGAGCAGACGGCAAAUUUUUAUUGUAAACGUAGCUAGCUAGGUAUGACUACAUUUCCUCUAUAUAAAAAGCAACCCAAAAGGCAAAACAAGAGAGGCUUUGAGGACAGUUGUGCUCUCGGCAUGCAACAUCUUCAGAAAUGAAAGAACAUGCACGACAUUUCUCACAGCAAUACUGUUAAUCGUAGUCAGAGAACAAUGACGACUCUCUAAAGCAGCAGUCUGAUCCUGGAACCAUGCCCCAAGCUAACUCUGGCUGGAUCCAGUACGAGG